UUUUAAUUUCGGAGUUGGCGUUUACUUAACCGGGCCUUCGUCUGGUUUUGUGAUCCCCUGUACAUACUCUAGCCCCCUACGUCAUGUCAUAUCCAGCGUGAGAAUUGCGGAGCUGGCUUCGGAGCUCUCCUGAAGCCCAGAAUCUGAGCCCUCGACAAUAUGGCUGCUCCCGUCGUCCAGGUCGCCCCUCAGGAUGGAAUAGAUGCCCCCAUACCCUUAUUAGCACCUGAGAUCCAAGCAGAGGCGAGCGGGCCAGCUCUGUCACGUGGAGACGUUUGGUUCGUCACUCCUUUGCCAAAGGUCCAGGUAUUCCUUCUGGCCUUUGCGUCGCUGUCUGAUCCUGUAAUCGUCACUUUUGUGUAUCCUUUUAUCAAUGAAAGAAUCGGUGAUAUAUCAAAUUCUCCUGAACAACUAGCUCGUUGGUCUGGUCUCAUCUUUGGAUGCUAUGCUUUGGCACAGUUCCUUUUCGUGUAUGUAUGGGGAGCAUUGUCCGAUAGGGUUGGUCGCAGGCCUAUUAUUAUGGCAUGCCUCACGAUAUGUACUGUUUCAACUGUCGUGUUCGGGGUUGUCGAGAAGUAUUGGCAAAUGUUGCUCUCAAGGACGAUAUCUGGUAUAAGUUAUGGCGACGUCCCAGUCAUCCGAAGUGCCAUGGGCGACGUCACCGAUUCUACUAAUCAAGCAAGGGCCUUUUCAUUCAUCCCUUUGUGUUGGACGAUUGGCUCUACCAUUGCCCCUUUGAUAGGGGGCUUCCUGAGCCAUCCGGAAAGGCGUUUCCCAGAUCGUUUCAAAAAUUCGCAAUAUUUCCUUGACCAUCCUUAUGCGCUCCCAUGUUUCGUGGCCGCUAUUGUUCCCGCAAUUUCCUUCAUUUUCAUCACAUUGUUCUUUCGAGAAACGCUUCCGAGCCAUCCUUUAACGAAUACCCUUAAACAUGAGGAGGAGAGCCGUCUGCUUUCACCCCAAGCCUUAUCUAUGGCUGGGGUGAAUUAUGGAAGCACCGGAGUGACCAGGCUAUCGAUACGGCCUCUAUCCCAGUCCGAGGAACAAAGAGCCGCGGCAUCUACUACACCUCCUUCCCAACCUGAGGACCAUACGUCCGUUAGGCAGAUUCUCAAAGAUCCUAUCGUGCGCGGCGUGGUAUUAUCCUAUGGUUUAUUGGCGAUGAUCUCCACUUCGAACGAUUACAUAUUCGCACUCUGGAUGUAUAUCGCAGUCGAUCACGGGGGAAUAAGUCUUACGCCUGCUCAAAUUGCAACCGCUCUUAGCAUAGGCUCAAUCAUGGGCACGCUCAUGCUCGCUUUUGUGUUCCCACCUCUUCAUAAAAAAGUGGGCACAUUGAAGAUAUAUCGUGUCGCCAUGGUGUUCGAUUUUAUCUUCAUUCUUUUGUAUCCUGCCGUUCACGCCAUCGCCGCCGCUACAGUCGAAACGAGACACCAUGAACAUACCGGGUCAUUUCGCCACUUUCCGGACCCUGCACACGAUGCAGGCUUCGGAGGGGAGUCAGGGGAGUCAUGGCAUGAUGUUCCUUUCUGGCUAAAAUUUGGAGUGGCCGUAAUGCUUAUUGUGAAAGCAAUUGCUAGUCUUACCUGGGGAUCCAAUGCAAUUCUCGUAACCGCUGCAGCGCCCUCUGCACACUGUUUGGGCAAAGUUAACAGUCUUGCUCUGAUGACCGCAAGCGCAGCCCGAACAAUAGGUCCGCCAAUGUAUGCUUCGAUAUUUGCGCUUUCUAUGAACCGACACGUUCUCGGAGGGACUUGGCUUAUCUGGAUUUUUAUGGGUGCCAUGGCCUUAGCAUCUCUGGCGGUCAGUUUCGUGGUUCAGGAAGGUAAUCGACCGUGGAGGCAUCUAAACCCCGGUGAUCGGACACCGUUACACCGUUCGGAGUAGUGCGUUUCCUAUGUGCCUCUUUGUUGUAUGCGUAUCCCCUCGCCAUAGAUGCCUCGUCCUUGCCGCUAAGUGCCUGCGCAUGACUUCACUGCACGCAAACUAUCAUGCACCAAGGCUCCCCUUUUUCGACGAUUAAGGCCGCCAGUGAUCAACUUCUUUGACGUUAAGAGCUGUAAGAGGCCAUCGGACACAAAGUCAGUCCGUGAAGACAAACUGAACGUUGAAGCACUCACGUCCUUUGCCUAUAAAAGCUGCAGGCUCCGUCUCAAUCACCUCCAUUCGAAUCUUCCAUCUCAUGCCUAGUCGUCUCCUCCAACUUGGACUGC